AUGCUCCCGCCUACUCUCGUUAGCAUUUACCGGCAGUACAAGGAGGACACGGAUGCCGUCGCGAGCUGGCUGGCGUCCAACGCCAAAGCAGCCGGCUGUCCAGCUGACUUGCUUGCCGCGCCUGUGAAGCAGAACAACAAGAGCCCUUCCAAGCCGGCCUCGGCCAAAUACGUUGUUCCCCUCCAAAGCUUCAUCCCUCUCGCCGAGCACAUCCUGGCAUCUAAACGCGCCGCCUCCGUUCCCGCCUCCCUCCUCAAAACCCUCGAUCGAACGAGUGCCGCGUCCGAGGCCAAGCACUCCUUCUUCAACCGCGUUCUCAUCAAGGUUCGAGACAUUCUCAGCCCCGAGAUGCCUGCCGCAGCGGCCCCCAGUGCACCCGCCGACGCCGACGCCGACGCCGUCGAUUCUGCCGGCACCCUUCCCCCCGCCAUGGAGGCGCUCGACAUGGCCGAGCCGUCGUCUGACUUGCUGGCUGCGCCCGACGUCGAGCGACCGACCGCAGCUAAUAACGACGUGGACAUGUACGAGGCCGAGCAGCAAACUUCUCUUGAGGACGCCGCGCUUGCCUUCAUCAUGAUGCUCGAGGAUCUAAACCGCAUCCGCGCCUACAUCAAAUGGAUAUGGUCUAACCAGUUCGACCUCGCUGCGGCCGCCGUCGCCACCAACACGGGCCUCGACCUCGCCCGUCAUCUCAUGUCCGAUGUUCUACCCCUCUUGGAGACGCACGGCGGUGCCUGGAACAUGACGCACAAAUCCUACAUUGCUGGCUGCGUUCAGAAGGGCUUCGGCGUUGACAGUCUCCAGUCAGACAAUGGCAUGCUCAAUCAGGACACUUACGACGUCGCAGACAGUGUACUCAUGAUUCCCUUUUUUUUCCUCCGAAGCUUUCUCGACGUCCUCCAACCCAGGGCGGUGCCGCUGAUCAAGGAGGGAAUAUUUGGCUACUAUGAACCGACGCGCGAUCGCUCCACCAUGUCCAACCAGGAAAAGUUUCGAGAGGACCAGGUUCUUCUCAUGGAGACCUUCACCGAGCUCACGGUCAUCAUCCGGAUGAUUCCCGACUACCCAGUGCGGGACGAGUUCCUACGCGGCAUAGACGAAAUGGACCGCACCCGGGCCAUUCCCUACUACCUCGUCUUCGCCGCCCAAAUCUUUCUCGACAGCAACCACCAGCUCCGCGACAAGGCGUCGGCGUAUUGCCAAAACAUGCUCCAGCAGCUUUCCUCCAUGUCCGCCAGUCUAGAGACGCACUUGAAGUUCCAUGAGAAUCUAAAAAUCGACCACUGGCCCGCCUCAAAUGACCGAGCGCUGGUCGCGACACAAGGUCAGAUCAAGUGGAUACAAUCAGACCCUGUCUUUGUGGCAAAGCAAAAGCAGUAUUCAGGACAAGGCAUGCCUGUGCCGAUCACGAUGCAGCCGCAACGUCUUCUCAUGCGAUCUCCCGUCCUCGCCGGCCUGGUCCUUUUCCACUUUCGGGCUAAAAUGUAUGAUGUCGGCAUCAGCGUGGUAAACGCGUGGGGUUCCAUCUCGUACUCGAACCAUCUUUACAACGCCCUGCGGAGGGAAGGUCUGCUCCAGGGGCGUUGGGAAGACAUGGAUGUGGUUAGUACGGCGCUCGGGGAUGCGAGCUUCUUCGUCGGGGAGCCGCCAUACAGCCGCAACGCGUACCUCACGCGCUUCUGUCUGCAGAUGGGGGUCUCGGCUGCGGCGCUGCGCAUCAAGCCUGGGGCUCCCGUCUCGUCCAUGUUUGACGAGCGAUACCUCGGGGGCACCGAGCAACUCGAAUGGACGCCGGAGCGGGUCGAUCAGGUCCUCUCCCGCGCCGAAUAUGAGGUCGAGGGAUCGGUCGAGGACGGCAACCUUGCCCUCAGCCAGAUCGACGACCCAGACAAGCUGCGGGAGAUUAGGAGGGCGCAGCAGGGCAAGGCCAGACGGGCGGGUGCCAAGACGGGCAGCGACAAGGCGCGACUCGCUCCCGAGAAGCUUGUCCAGUCCCUCAUCCUCGCGCUGCAGGCCGAGACGCUAGAGCACGCCUUCCCCUAUCUCCUUCUCCAUCGCUUCAGCUGGCGACUUCUGCGGUCCGUUAAGGAUAAUUGCGACCCGCUGCUGCGCAGCUUGCACUCCCCGGCCUACAUGGAGCGCGAGUCCGAGCUGCCGUUUGUAGUCGGAUACAUCUUCCUGGCGGCCGCAGGCAUCGAAUACGGCACUCUUCCGGACGACAGGCUCCUCCACAAGGCCGCAGACGCUAUGAAUGGAAUGAUUGAGGCGGGCGCUGGACGGUUCACGCAGGGGUUCCUGCAGUCGAUCGCGGGGAUACGCGUGCAGUUUGAGGACAAAGUGGAAGAAGAGGCCGAAACCGAGAAGUUGUGA